AUGAAGGCGAAGAACCUAAGAGAAGUUGACCACAGGAAGCAAAAACGAACUCGUCAUGAUCCUAAUGCUUCCCACAAUGCUGUUAAACCAUCUUCAACAGAAAUUUCACCUGCUGUUACCUUCGCUGCGGCGCUUAACACUCAGAAGGAGAGUGUAGAGAAGGAUAGUAACUUGGAGGGUCUGGAGGAAUUUGAAAUCAACACUAAUCUCUGA